GCGUUACACAUCCCUCCUUGGCAUUGCUUGUGCAGAGCAUCGUCGGAGCAAGCGCCAGUAGCGCAAUCUCUCCACGACUCCAUGGGGAAUUGCUGCUCUAAUACGGCCGUGGUCACUCGGCAUUCCGAGAUGCCACCCCCACCGCCGCCGCCCCCACCAAGCACAGCAUCCUACCCCACUGCCGUGUCGGCGACAUGCAACUCACCAGCAUCGGUCGUCCUUUCGCCCGACAAGCCAAGCAGCCAGCAAAACUCACCACCGACCCCCACGCUUCCCGAGCAGCCGCCGGCCAUAUACACGUCGACAUUCCAACGUCGGAGUAUACCAGGUCCCCUGAGCGAGCAGGACUUGAAUCAACGCAAGUCCGCGCCAGAAAAGACCGCGUCAUUCAAAAGCGGUGACUAUACCAUCUCAUAUGCGUACGUGUCGCAGCGCGGCUUCUACCCCGACUCGCUCCACAAGCCCAACCAAGACGCGUUCGUGUGCCAACCCAUGUUCCACAACCAGGACUCGUUCUUUGGCGUGUUUGAUGGCCACGGCACCACCGGCGAAUUGUGCGCGCAGUACGCUCGCGACGUCGUUCCCGCCUUGUUGCAGCAACAUCUCGCGAAGAACGUCAACACGACGCAAGCAUUGAUCCGCGCCCACGUCGACGCCAACACCAUGAUGCAUUCAGCGCCAUUCGACGACUCGAUGAGCGGCACGACGGCCAUUUCCGUCUUGUUUCAAACGAACGAGAUCCACAUUUCCAACGUCGGCGAUUCCCGCGCGAUCGUCGCGCAAGAAAUCACCGACGGCGCCGCGUCCCCGCAACUCGUGGCCAAGGCCUUGUCCAUCGACCAAACGCCAUUUCGUAAGGACGAACGCGACCGUGUGAAAAAGACUGGCGCCCGCAUCAUGACUGUCGACCAACUCGAGGGGUAUGAGCCCAUCCACGAGAACUGGGGGCUCACACUCGGCGACGAGAUUGACGAGUCGGGCGACCCGCCGCGCAUCUGGCAUCCGCACGGCGACUACCCAGGCACGGCGUUCACAAGGAGCUUGGGGGACCACGUGUCGGAAGAACUAGGUGUGUUUGCCGAACCAGAGGUCAUCACCAAGACACUCAACGCCCACGACAAGUUUAUUGUAAUUGCAUCGGACGGCGUGUUUGAGUUUCUCACGAGCCAGGCGGUGGUCAAUAUUGUCAAAGUGUACAAGGACCCACUGGACGCGUGUCUGGCGGUCGUGGAAGAGUCGUACAACCGAUGGCUGCAAUUUGAAGUUCGUACAGACGACAUUACGUGCAUCGUGCUGCAUGUGGAGCCCAGUAUCGCGGCGGCGGCGGCAUCCAAGCAGCCCCCCGUCAAGGCAUCCAAACUGCACGGCCGCAACAGCAUCAUCGCCGGCCACGACGUCCUCGUCGCCAUGCAAGACAGCCUCCGACCCGUCCGAGGCAUCGGCGUCGACAUCAACAAGAGCUGGCGGUCGCGCGACACGAUCAUCGGCGGCUACGACACGACGGCCCGCAUGUCUAUGGCCAGCGAAGACAGUCUGCUGUCGUCGUCAUGCCCCCAAGGAGACACCGCCAGUCUGCUCUUGUCCCCUCCGUCCGACUAUGACGUGAAGCAGCACACUGUACCCAAAUCCGCCGCCGACUUCGCGCGACUCGAGAGGAUGGUGCAGCACAACUUUUUGUUUUCCCACUUGACCGCCGACAAGUUGCACGACGUGCUGUCGGUGAUGCAACGCCAAGUGGUGGCCGAUGGCGAAGUCGUGAUCCAUCAGCAUGACGACGGCGACCAGUUCUUCCUCGUGGACGCUGGCCGGUUCGACGUCCGCGUCCGGGCAGCCCCCGUCGAGCCGGAAGCGGCGCCGACAACGGACGACUCGCUCGACGCCGCGUACGGUCCGGUUGUGCACACGUACGUGGCGUCCGAGGGGUCGCACCCGACGUUUGGCGAACUGGCUCUCAUGUACUCGAAGCCCCGCGCCGCGACCGUGCUGGCCACUGCCGGCGGCGGGACGCUCUGGACCAUCGAUCGGUCGGCGUUUCGGUCGAUUCUGGUGCGUCGGCCGCUGCGUAACGUGGUCCAACGCCUUCGGAACCUGCCGCUGCUGCGACCGCUCACGGUGGCACAGCUGAAUCUCCUCGCUGAACAAAUGAAGGAAGUCACAUUGGAAGCCGGGACGAUCGUGUUUGAGGCGGGGGCAUCAGUGGCUUCUGGUCAGUUUUACUUGGUCGUGCAGGGCAGCGUGACGAUUGCGCCCCCCCUCCCGGCCGACCCGACCACCAUCCAUGCCCACGACAGCUUUGGCGACUUUAUCCUAUCAGACACCCCCAGCCGCACGUGUCCGUACCGGGCGGUGGCGGCAGAAGACACGGAAUGCCUGUGCAUAUCCCGCGAUGCAUUCGAAGCGACGGUGGGAAAUCUGUCGGCCGUCGUCGAGAAGAACAACGCGCGACGGGCACGCAAGAGCGCCACGAGUCGGGCCAAGCAAGCCGCACCGUUGAACGGCGUGGUGGUGUUGGCCCACACGGUGUCGCAGGCGCUGGCGUCGUUGUCGCAGAUCGACCAAGUCCGUGUCGGCCCGACCAUCUGGCAGGACCUCGUGGCCACGUGCCGCCUCGUCCAGUUCGGCGGCCGCUGGCUCACGCUACGCUCCAUAUCCAAGCAGACGGUGGUGCAGUCACAUCUCAAGCACCAGCUGCUAGGCGAGCAAGACAUGUACGUGGCGCUAGGUCGAGACCAGGCGGGCGUGGCGCCGCUGUACGGUGUCGCACAGACAGCCCACGACCUCCACGCGCUCUUUGACGUGGCGUACGUGGGGGUGCUCGAGGAGCUUGUGGCGUUUCCGCUGUCGUCUGAAGCCGCGAUUCAAUACUAUGCCGCCCAGUUGGUUGUGGCCGUGCAGUUGCUGCAUGGGGAGGGAAUUUUGACGCGGUCGCUGGACCCGACGCACCUGAUGGUCACCCGACAAGGCGACGUGGCCGUGUUUGGGUUAAAUUUGUCCAAGUACAUUGGCGCGAGUCGGACAUUUACCAUUUGCGGCAACCCAGAGUACCUCGCGCCUGAACAAAUCAACGGCCAAGGCCAAACAUUGGCGACGGAUUACUGGAGUUUGGGCAUUUUGCUGUACGAGAUGCUCGUGGGCACGACCCCGUUUCAACACCUCCACCACGACGAACUCGCCAUGUUCAACGGCAUCGUGUCGUUCUCUCCGGAUUCGCUCGAGUUUCCACCCACGUCGUCGCCCGCGCUACAGGCGUUGAUCAAGGGCCUCUUGGACCCAAAGCCCGCGUCCCGCCUCGGUGCCGCCGAUUGUUUCAAGAAAUCGGCCGACGAGUGCGUCGUGCCACAGCAUGCGUUCUUCCAGGGCCUCCAGUGGGAUCAACUCAAUGACACCAACGCGCCACUGCUGGCAGAAGCGAGUGCCAAGUUUGACCGAUUGGUGGCGGCGCCCACGUCGCAAGCGUUGGAUUUGGGGGUGCCGUACACUGGCGACGCCAAGUGGAUGCAAGAGUUUUAGAGGCGACACCAACUUUUAAAUGUAAUCAAGGCUAUGAAUAUUUGUCUCGUUACGCUAUAUAUCAACACAAUGCUACAGCUUAAGCCAAGAGAGGCGGGUAGUCGUGGCGCUCGUCUCGGAUGAACAUGCCGUAGAUGAUGCUGAGAAUUCCCACCACCAUGAUAAAGAUCGUCGAGUACAGACCAUAGUCGUUGCUCAGGCUCAGCGUGAAAAACCCGAGAAAGAUCGCAAACAACCCGCUGCCGACGUAGCUGUCAAGCAAACCAAACCACUUGAGCGGCUGCUUAUACCCCAAUCCCGUCGUCGUCAGCAACACCAACGACAGCGCAAUCUGGAACACGCGCAACGAGAUCCGGGCCACCGUGUGUUGGAAAAAGCCGCCAUACGUAUCGUUCACAAAGGCCCACACGGCCGCGAUCGUGCACAGCAAGCCGCUGACGGCCAUGCCCACUUGGUGCAUCUUCACAACAGCUCGUCCCAUCGUGCCCCAGAGAAGAUUUCAAAAUGACACCAAG